AUGCCUUCUACAAAUCACGAAUACAAUAACGUUUUUGAUUAUAGGCAUCCCCUCUAUAUUGGCGGCUGGCGAAGGAAUGUCGCGUACAUUGACGAAGAUUUUAUCCAUGACAACCUAGACGAGCCUCAUAUGAAGAGGAAAAUUACAAUUUUAAAUCAAUAUCCAGAAAUUAAAAGACUAUAUGGAUAUGACACCAUUACCAUAGACAUUGCAAUUGUCGGAGUCUUAGUUCAAGUGACGGCAGCAUAUACAUUCGGUC